AUGGUUGACGCCUCCGUGCUCCUGGUGCUUCGCAUCAUGACGGCAUUAUCGUCGUUCAUGGUCUCACUGAGUCCAUCCUUCUCCAUUUACAAGAUCUACCAGAGCAAAACCGUCGGGAACAUCUCCAUAGUCCCAUUCGUCUCGCUGCUCGGCAACGCGCACAUGUGGAUGAUGUAUGGCUAUUUCUGCGGAAAUAUAUUCCCCGUAGUCGACUACACCGGUAUCAGCCACAUUCUAGGCUAUUUGAGCAUCGUCGCCGCCAUCAUUCUGUACGGUGCGCCAUUCGAGAAGACUUCGUUUGUACUACGCAACAAGAACGCAUCUCCCAUUCAGCUACCGAUGGUUAUCUGCGGUGCUACAAACAAUGCGCUAUGGGUCAUCUACACGCCACUAGAUAGAAACUGGUUUAUGUUCAUUCCGAACGCCAUCUGCGUCGUGCUCGGUAUCGUGUUGCUGACGUUGUAUGUAAUACUGAAGAAAUUCAGAACAAGAUCCCGAACGCGAGCCCUAGCGUACAGCCGAUGGCAUCACCGCUGCUUCCAUUGA